AUGAAAAUUAGGAAAGAAUACGUUAGCAAAGAUGAAAUUAAACAGUUACUGCACCAACAGCAGAAUGUUUUCCAGAAAAAAAUAGAUCAAAAUUCAAAGAAUUUUGAUCCUAUACUUCAAAAUAACACCGAAAGCCCCAAAUUCAUCACCGAAACAACCCACAACCAUCCUCAAAAUUUCGAAAUUGCAACAAGAGACACCUCCCAUAACGACAUUUCCAAACCCCUAUCCUCAACUUCUCUCCCUUCAGACCUCUCCACCCCCUUCCCUAACCCCUCUCGUGCCCCCACACAAAACCCCUCUUCCGCCCAGACCCAAGAGUCCUCAACAGUAAAUUCUUACUGCGAAAAGUCAAUUCAAGAUUCCUCUUCAACCAUUGUCCCUACUACAGAUAGAUUCUUUAACGACUAUAAAGCAAUGAAGAAAAUGGCAAAUGAACAAUUGAAGCCAGAAAGAGAGAAGUUAAGUAGGAAGGAAAGAAAGAUUAAGAAGAAAAUGAAGAUUCAUAAAUAAGCAUAUUGAGUUUAGUGAUAAGGUUGUCAAAGCGUUCCAGAGAACUAAGAGUUACUACGACCUUAAGGAGAACACCAAAUUAAAAACCCUCAAAAUCCACGUUCUCGAUACCCUAAACGAGAGUAAGAAAGCUACCAGAGAACUCAUGGACAGGCUUAGUAACUGAAGUUGUAGUAGAAGUCCUGUAAAAGCCCCAAGGAGGGAAGCAGAAAAAUAGAGUCACGUUCAGUGAGAGAACCAAUGUGUACUCCUCCAGGCUAACUAAUUUGGAAAACAUCCGAUUCGCCAGACCCUUGAGCAGUGUAGAGAAUUCAAUUAAGAAAAAGCAAAUACAAAAGGAUUUAAGAGUCGAUCAGACUAAGGCUAAGAUAAGACAGGAGAAAUUGAGAGAAUAUACCCAUUCUCCAGAUCUUUCGAGAACGAAGAGAUAUAAUCAAAGAGUUUCACACUCUUUGGUCAAUUUUAAGAGAGAAAGAUCAAUAAAAAUGCAUCAUGAAAAGGGAAGCAAGAGUAAACGAGAUGAUAUAAAGAAUCAACAUUUUGAACAAGCUGGUUUUACAUUUAACCCAAAAAUAAACGAAGACAAAGAAUUUACAAAAUACCUCAGAACCACUCUAAAAGCUGUCCCAUUCCAAACCCAGAGCUGUACUAACCUUCUCCUCCCUCCAAAACCCCCAAUCCCCCCACAACCCUCCAAAACUCUCAAAUCUCCUGAACUCUCAUAACUUCAACUUCUCUCAACAUUCCCUACAAAA